CGAAGGGGAGGGAGUGUGGAUCAUGCAUGUGCAUUAACUCAGCUCCAGCGGCACAGCAGCAGCAGAAGCAGCAGCAAACAGAAACAGCAGUAGCACAGGAGAGAAAUAGAGAGAAAGACAGAAAGGGAGAAUUGGAGGGAGGGUAGUAGUCUCAGGCACAGGAACAAUAGCUGCAGAGGACUGCUUUCCAUCUCCACUAAAAGAACAACGGAGGAGUAAUAGAAGGAGGAGGGGAUGUUCAUGAUAGUAGUGAGGCAAUAACGGAAGAGAAGAGUCACAUUGUAGGCACUGAGGACUGGAAUCAAGGCUCUUCUCUGCUCUCCAUGUUUUUGGGGACUCAACAUACCAUUGCCUUCGUUUCCAAACCCAGAGGAGGAUGUCUGUGUCGGGAAAGAAGGAUUUUGACGUGAAGCAGAUCCUCAGGCUCCGCUGGCGCUGGUUUAGCCAUUCAUCCCAAGGUUCGGCUGGCAGUGGAGGCGGAGGCGGUGGAGGGGUGGGUGGGUACAUCCAGCAGGAUGGCCUGGACCACAGAGGGACGCCUGUCCAGGGCCGGCUGAAAAGCCACUCACGUGAAAGAGGCAUUGGAGGACUACGAAAGAAUAACAGCCCGGUUCACAGUAUUUUGGCACCUACGCCAGGGCCCACACCUGUCUAUGUCCGAACGGGUCAACAAUCAUGGCACCAUCAGCAAAACACCAUUCAGGGUCUCCAGGUCAACGAGGAAUCCUCAAAGAGCAGCUCCUCACCGAGCACCACAAGAAAGGAGGACACCAUCACUGGCCAGGAAGAUGUAAAAAGCAGCACAGAGGAACCUGCAGAGGUGGAGGCCAGAGAGAGGUUGGCCCUGAGCACCUUCUCCAAAAUGAACACCAACUCCUCGGAUGAGUUUUUCCAGGCCACAAAUCAUGCAGAACAGACUUUCCGUAAGAUGGAAACCUACCUCCAGCACAAGCAGCUGUGUGAUGUUCUCUUGAUAGCAGGGGAUCAUAAGAUACCCGCUCACAGACUGGUGCUGAGUGCUGUGUCGGACUACUUUGCUGCUAUGUUCACCAGCGACGUGAGAGAGGCAAAGCAGGAGGAGAUCAAGAUGGAGGGAGUCGAUCCAGAAGCCCUCAGGUCCCUGGUUCAUUUCGCCUAUACCGGUGUCCUUGAGCUGAAAGAGGAGACCAUUGAGAGUUUAUUGGCGGCAGCUUGCCUUCUCCAGCUUUCACAAGUCAUCCAGGUUUGCUGUAACUUCCUGAUGAAACAGCUUCAUCCCUCCAAUUGCCUGGGAAUACGCUCCUUUGCAGACGCCCAGGGCUGCGUGGACCUGCUCAAUGUGGCUCACAACUACACCACGGAACACUUCCUGGAGGUCAUUCAGAACCAGGAGUUUCUGCUGCUCCCCACGGCUGAGAUUGUUAAGCUGCUUUCCAGCGAUGACAUCAACGUCCCCGAUGAGGAGACCAUCUUCCAGGCUUUGAUGAUGUGGGUGCGGUAUGACGUCCAGCAACGACAAAAAGACCUCGGUAUGCUGCUCGCCUUCAUCCGUCUGCCUCUUCUUCCUCCACAGCUCCUUGCAGAUCUGGAAAACAACAAGAUGUUCUCUGAUGAUCUGGAAUGCCAAAAGCUUCUGAUGGAGGCCAUGAAGUACCAUCUCCUGCCUGAGAGACGUCCGAUGUUUCAGAGCCCAAGAACCAAACCUAGGAAGUCCACUGUGGGCGCACUUUACGCUGUAGGAGGGAUGGAUUCUACCAAAGGCUCCACCACCAUAGAGAAGUAUGACCUGCGGACUAACACUUGGGUCCAAGUUGGAGUAAUGAACGGACGCAGGCUGCAGUUUGGUGUAGCAGUAAUAGACAACAAGCUGUAUGUGGUCGGAGGGAGGGAUGGACUCAAGACGUCCAACAUGGUGGAGUGCUACAAUCCUAUCAAUAAAGUGUGGUCCACCAUGCCACCGAUGUCAACACACAGACAUGGACUUGGUAUAGCUGUGCUAGAGGGCCCCAUGUAUGCUGUGGGAGGCCACGACGGCUGGAGCUACCUCAACACGGUGGAGCGCUGGGACCCGCAGGCCAGACAGUGGAACUACGUGGCCAGCAUGUCGACACCACGGAGCACCAUGGGAGUCACAGCACUCAAUGGAAAAUUGUUUGCAGUAGGUGGUCGAGACGGCAGCUCGUGUCUGAGGUCCAUGGAGUGCUUCGAUCCGCACACCAACAAGUGGAGUAUGUGUGCUCCCAUGGCCAAAAGGCGAGGAGGAGUGGGUGUGGCAACAUACAACAACUUCCUGUAUGCCGUAGGCGGACACGACGCCCCCGCUUCUAACCACUGUUCCAGACUCUCCGAUUGUGUUGAAAGGUAUGACCCAAAGACGGACACAUGGACCACUGUGUCGUCCCUCAGUGUCCCCCGGGACGCAGUGGGUGUUUGCCUGCUGGGGGACCGACUCUAUGCUGUGGGGGGGUACGACGGCCAGUCAUAUCUGAACACUGUCGAGUCCUAUGAUGCACAGAACAAUGAGUGGACAGAGGAGGUCCCUCUCAACAUUGGCAGGGCAGGCGCCUGCGUGGUGGUGGUGAAAUUGCCUUGAGCGUUUUGUCUCACGACAUCAUGGGAAACAAAUGAGAAAGUGGUGAAGAAGAGUGGACAAACAAAACAGCGGAUCAAGGACACAUCCUUCGAGAGUCAUGUUUUUUUCUUUUUAACUCGGCUUUCAACAUUUUCAGAGGGAAACACAGACAGAGCCUUGCCCAUAAACCAUUGUUCCUAUCAUUAGUGGACAUGCCUUCCCACUGGGGAGGACUUAUUCAGAAACUGGAAUGCAAUGCACAUUCUCCACAUUCUCAACCGAUCAAGAAUUUUCAGACUUGGCUAAGCUGUAGCAAGUGCCAAGCCUUUGUUGUACUGUUUUGUUAGUUUUCUGAAAUGUUCUGUGUAUGUCCAUAACAUUUAAUUUAGAAGUGACAUAUUGAGUAAAUUAGCCAUCUAUACAGAGACUUUUCUUAUCAGUGCCAUCACAUACAAUAUAUUUUGGGCUUUAUAUUUCACUUUAUAGCCACUCAAUUGAAAGUUGUUAUGAUACAUACAUGUAACCAAGUACCUGUGUAUUUCCUUAGUGAGUGGUCUGUACAGAUUCUUACUCUUUAGCAAAGAAGACCACUGUGAUGAGUUUGUCCAGACUGGUUUAAAGAACAGGAAUGAAAUCAAGCUUUUUGCUAAAAUAUACAACUGAACAUUUUCUUUUUUAUUGAGACUGUAGCUGCAGAACACCAAAGUAAUUUGCUUGUCUUAGAGGUCUUGUUACACUUUAAAGAAAAGUUUACAAAAUUGUAAAUUACAGAAAAUAUAUCAUAUUGAUAUUUCACACUGCUGUACAGAUUUUUGUGAACUUUCUGAAACCACAUGUGUUGUUAGAAUCAUGCUUAAACCAGUGCACUCUGCUGACCACCGAUGUGAUUAUUAUUGUUAUUAUUCUUUUUGAUUUCUGGGCAUGCUGGCUGAGCGAAUGUUUGACUUGAUUUAUACAAUAUUAUAUAUCAAGAUCCUUGUCUGUUCUGCAUUUUUAAGGAUAUGAUGCCUUUUCGGUCAUGUGGAUGAUCUUAUAAUUUAUAACAUACCCAUUGGAUUCAUUUAGAAAAAAAAGCAGACUAUGUCUAAGUGACAGCAGUUGCAACUAAACCAGCUAUCUGAGUCUUAUGUGCAUUACUCAGAAACAAGAUCUUACUUGUAUGUCUUAAAAGUAACAACAAUAAUGACUUUAUCACAAUAAGAACACUUUGUACCUGUGUUUGGGGCCGAAUGUUAGUUUUUAUCAUAAUUUUGUACAGCAUGCAAACCUAUAAAUAAACUUUCUUCAGUCUUCUC